ACGAAGCUGUCUAUAUUGUUUCUGGGCCACAGUGCAGACCUGAGGCCUGGGGAGUUUGUGGUUGCGAUCGGCAGCCCGUUCGCCCUCCAGAACACCGUCACCACCGGCAUCGUCAGCACUGCUCAGAGAGACGGGAAGGAGCUGGGCCUAAGGGACUCCGACAUGGACUACAUCCAGACAGACGCUAUUAUCAACUAUGGAAAUUCAGGAGGACCUCUUGUCAAUUUGGAUGGGGAGGUGAUCGGCAUCAACACCCUGAAGGUUGCAGCAGGGAUCUCAUUUGCCAUUCCCUCCGACAGGAUCACUCGCUUCCUCAAUGAUUCGCUCGAUAAGCACAGCAAAGAUGUGAGGUCAAUAAAGAAGCGUUUCAUUGGAAUCAGGAUGCUGACUAUCACACCAGCGUUAAUUGAAGAGCUAAAACAGCAGAACCCAGACUUCCCUGAUGUUACCAGUGGGAUUUAUGUCCAUGAGGUUGUUCCUCACUCACCUGCCCAUAAAGGUGGUAUCAAAGAUGGUGACAUCAUUGUGAAACUGAAUGGAAAACCUCUGAUGACCACAGCUGACCUGCAGGGGGCACUGCAGGAGGAGACAGCCCUGCUGCUGGAGGUCAGGAGGGACAACGAUGACCUCCUCUUUAACAUUGAACCAGACGUUAUUAUGCAGUAGACAUUUGAAGCACAGCUUGCAGAGUUGGACCGACAUCUAAAGUCCCUUUUUUGUGAACAAACACGUCAGUUGUUGGAAGCUCUUCACCAGUGCAGUGGAAGUUUUGGCAAACUGGCUGUUAUCUGUACCAAAGUAAAAGGAGCCCAUGGACAAUCGGGUACAUUGCAGUUUUUCAGAGAUUUACAGCUGUACCUCCCACCUGCUCAGACCAGGUCAAUGAUCAGGAACAAAUGCACACAUGUACACUCUACAGAAACCAUAACCCCUUUAAUUUAUGUUAAAUACUUGAUUGUUUGACUUGAUUCUACAUUGUUCAACCUGUAGACACAUUUACAGUACCUCAAAAAUAUGAUCUUAAUAUCAGGCAAUAAUGGCAACAUCAUAUGGUGCACAUCACAAAAGAUAAAAGCAAACUUAAUGAAUGUACACUUGAAUUAAUAAAAUGACUAUUACAUUUUUAAAAACAAAACAAAAUGAUUGUAUUCUGAUAAUUAAAAUAAGGAUUUUGCUCUUAAGCAUUUUUCCACAAAAGUUCCCAAAAAGUGUCUGAGGUGUCUGGGGACAUGAUCACCAGCACAAGUCCAUGAAACUCCUCCAGUAUCCAUGCAAGAGCUGGUCCACUGUUCCAUGGCCUCGACAGAAUCCACAUUGCGUCUCAUUAGAACUUUUUUUCCUAGCCUGUGGUUAGAAUGCCAAUGCCCCUGCCAUCACCUGCCACCCAUUUGUCAAUUCAACUGACAUGCAACAAAGGUCCUUUGCUAUUCACCUGAAAUUAAACAAAGGUCCUUGGCUGCACCACAAGGCGAUGGCCCCAUGUCAUUCCUUUGGGCUGAGCCCAACCAGACCCCAUUGGCUUUGGCCCAAGUGAGGUAGAUUGCUUUUAAUUGCCACUCCACAGGGGAUUUUUAGUGAAGAGGGAGCUGAGCCUGACCAAGCAAUGCUCUUAAUUUAUUGGUUUAUCUAUAUUCAAACCCUCAUCUUUGGUCAAACUAAGUGGGGAGAGCCCUAAGGUUGUAUCACCUCAGAAAGACAUUGGUUCUAAUUGGAUUACUUGUUCCAGGUCUUAAUCCUAAAACCCUACAGAAAUAAUCUGACCCUGGAAAUAUGCUUGACCAAUACUUGCAAGACAGAGAAUGGACAGCCAUUUCAGAGGUUGCCUCCUUCAAAGUAUGUAUUUCACUUCACAUGCACAGCAUUAAGUGCUUGAUCACACUACAAAAUGGCACAACAAAAUUCAAUGAAACAAAAACAAGCCUGAACCUGAGCCUACCUGAACCCCCAGUGAACUUGACUAGUCCCCAGCAGUUGGUUUACUGGAGCCAGGCCUAGGACAUCGCCAAUAGUGUACUGAUCCAUUGUCCAUCACAGUCUCAACAAGCAGCAGUUUUUGUGAUCUUCUUUCUCCUUACUGUAUGCCCUCUAACCAUCUCUUUAUUAGACAAGACCCACUUUUGUGAGAACUGGCAACCAAUAGGAUAAAUAACAACCUGUGCUCGUUGUACAGACUACUUUGUUCGAAAAAUGCUAAAGCCUUUUGAAGGGCAACUUCCCAGUUUGGAACAGAUAUAAGCAGAUAUAGGUAUAAUAAGCCAAAUGUAACACAUGAUAUUUUUGUUUGUGAUAUCUUCUUUGUAAUGCUGUAUUAGCUUUUGACCACUUAUUGAUCCACUGUCUCCCAAAUAUAGGAGGCAGACAAACUCUCCACAUGGG